CCCCCAGGACUGCUGCAGGUGGUGAAGCAGUGCGUGCGGGUCCCCGUGUUCGUGAUGAUCCGACCCCGCGGCGGAGAUUUCCUCUACUCAGACCGGGAGGUGGAGGUGAUGAAAGCCGACAUCCGCCUGGCCAAGCUGCACGGGGCUGACGGGCUGGUGUUCGGGGCCCUCACUGAGGACGGGCGCAUUGACACAGAGCUCUGCACAGCCUUGCUGGCGGUGUGCCGUCCCCUGCCAGUCACAUUUCACAGAGCCUUUGACAUGGUGCACGACCCUCUGGUGGCACUGGAGACCCUGAUUUCUCUGGGAUUUGAGCGGGUGUUGACGAGUGGCUGUGACAGCUCAGCGCUGGAAGGAUUGUCCCUCAUCAAGAGGCUUGCGGAGCAGGCGAAGGGCAGAAUUGUGGUGGUGCCAGGGGGUGGCAUCACAGAGCGCAACCUGCAGAGGAUUCUGGAAGGCUCCACUGCUUCUGAGUUUCACUGCUCUGCUCGCUCAGCUCGGGACUCAGGGAUGAAGUUCAGAAAUCCGAACGUCGCCAUGGGAGCGUCCUUCUCUGCCCCGGAAUACUCCAUAAAGGUGACCGAUGUGGCCAAAGUGAGGACCCUGAACGCGAUCGCAAAGAACAUUCUGUAGCGGAAGGCACCAUCCUGGAACAAGAGCACUGAGGCUCCAGGGUCUUCCCUGCCACGUGGACAGACGGGUACCGCUUCCGUUCUCGGGCUGCAGAGGAUGUGAACUAGGUGACGAAGCCUGACGUCACUUCCCUUGGCUUCCCCUGAAUGACCCGUCCCUGGCCUGGAAACAUACGGUGGCCAUUUUAAAUAAAAGGACUCGUUCCCGGAUGUUGCAACAACAAGCUGUUUGACAAUAUUUGGGAGCUGAGCAAAUAGGGGGAUUGAAUUGCGUAGCACUGCAUGUGAUUGUCAAAUAAACACUGCAGCUGCCCCCC